AUGUCGGAGAAGGAAUUAUCUGCGGAAGAAUGGGACGAGCGGCUCUCUCAGCAUGUGGAUGUGCGCCAAACGUCUUACUGUGAAUUUGAGAGCAUUUCGAGUUCGCACUGGGUGCCUGUGAUGGGCAAAUCCGUUUUCGGUGGUACCUUGAUUGCCCAAUCCAUGAAAGCGGCUACCAAGACUGUGAGCCCUGAGAUGGAGCUUCAUGAAAUUCAUGGCAAAUUCUUGAAUCGCGCCUCGCACCAGAAACAUAUCUACUACUAUGUGAAGAAGCUUCGUGACGGUCGGUCGUACAUGACACGUCGCGUGGAUGCGAUGCAGGAUCAGACGCUGAUUUUCACAGCGACUGUGUCCUUCCAACUGCCAGAGCCGUCACAGCCUCAGUUUUACGCACCCCCGCCGAUUAUCGGCGCGACGGGCACGUUCAAACUGAUGAAGUUUAUGCCGGACGGGCACAGCAAUUUACCUACUGAAGUGCUGCUACCUGAUAUGUGCCAACCGGGCUCGGAGAGGUAUCUCAAGGCACUGGAGCACACGCCGAAAGAAGCUAUCUUGCACAAAUACCUGACUAAGUAUACGAAUGACCAGCAGAAUCUCCCUGUGGAAUUCCGCCCUGCUGUACCUACGGUCUUCGAUGAGAAUGGUCACAUCCAGUAUGGGACCAAGCUUGCCUACUGGCUGCGUGCGCGUGGUCAUUCGCCUGGCAGCGUCAACGACCAGCGUGCUGUGCUUGGCUUCCAUAUUGAUCAAUUCAUGCUCGGCAAUAUGCUGGCCAACCUGCGUGAGGGUCCUCCUUCCAUGAUGGCGAGCUUGGAUCAUACAAUGUGGUUCCAUAACGACUUUGACAUGUCCAACUGGUUGUUGAUGGUCGUUGAGAAUCAAGCUGCAAGCAAUGGCCGGGCCCUCAUCAUGGCUCGUGUGUACCGUGGUGACGGUGUGCUGGUAGCGAUUGUGAUCCAAGAAGGUGUUAUUCGUUUCCCCACAGGCCGUUUGUAG